ACGCUCUAGUCGCGGCUCUCUCGAAUUAUAAAAAGAGUACUGCGUGAAAUACCGUCAAUAGUGCCAAGGAUGGGGAAGAAAGAGUUGCAAUUGUUUGUGCCGCCGAGCGCGGAGAAGCUGCAGUGAUGCAAUUGCAGCUCAUUAUCCGCGCUCUGCAUGCAACGCCAGAAUUUUAACGAUCUGCAAUUUGCGAACUCUCACUCGCGGUGGUGUCUUGAAUUUUUCGCAGCACCAUGAAGACCCUUCACUUGGCUCUGUUCGCCCUCCUGGCUCUCGCCUCUCAGGUCAGCGCCCAACGGGUGGCGCUUGGACGAUGCCCUAAAGUCAAAAUCAUGCCAAAUUUCCAACCUGCACUUUAUUUAGGUGACUGGUACGAGUACAAAAAAUACUUCGCAAUCUUCCAAUUGGGCGGAACUUGCACAAUUGCCAAAUACACUGAUAAGGGCAAUGGAGUGAUCGGCGUCAUCAACAGACAGUUCAGCUCACUGUUAUCGCGGUACAACACAAUUAUGGGCACGGCCGUUUUGAAAGGCGAGCAUGGAGAGGCCAAACUUGGAGUCAGAUUCCCGUCAGCAGGUGGUUUUGAAUCUCCUUACUGGAUUUUGGACACUGAUUACGUCUCAUACUCCGUCGUCUUCACUUGCAACGACUUUGGAUUUUUCAAUUACCAAUUUUCGUGGGUAUUGACGAGAGAGCGUUUCCCCUCCGAGGGAACAAUCAGAGCUGCGGAUUAUGUGUUGAAGGCGAACGGCGUCGAUCUGCAACCGUUCAGCAAGACCGACCACAAGGACUGUCCCUGACCAUUGCUUUUUCAUGCUGCACCCACAAUGACACGCAGCCCAUCAUUUGUUGAUUCAUGCUUUCAUUUUUUCACAUCACCAUUCAAUGAUUUAUUGUGAGCAACUUUUUACAUUUUGAAAAAUCGUGGUUUUAUCAUUGCUAAUAUUUAAUCCAUCAUCAAAGCCAAACAAAUAAAAAUAAUUUUCGUG